AAAAGAAAUAGCUUUUAAUCACAUGAAAAAGUGUUCAAUCACAUUUAUAAAAAUACAAAUUAACCCACACAUCAUUUUCACUUACAAAAUUGGUAGAGUUAAAAAAGUAUGAUAAGACAUUUUCAACCAUUGAUGGUGAAUUGUAAAUUGGUAAAACUUUUAUGGAAGGAAAUUUAGCACUACUAAUCAAAAUUACAAAUGUGCAAUCUUUGACCUACUAAUCUCACCUCUAAGAAUUUAUCCUUUAUAUAUCUUGAACAUGUGUAAAGUGAUGUACAUAUAAGGUAUUUGUUGCAUAACUGUCCAUAAAAGCAAAGGUAGAAACAUCCUGAAUGUCUGUCAUUAGGAAAGUGCUCAGUGGCUAUUUUUUAAAUAAGGCAGAUAUUUGUGUUCAAAUAUGAAAACAUCUUUUAUAUGGCCAACUGGAAAAGGCAAAGUAUAUAGCAUUCUAUGAUUUCUAUUAAUAAUGAAGAGGUACUGAGAUGAUGGAUAAAAGUAGGUACAUUUUUGCUUGUAUAUGUUUAGAAUAUUUCUGGAAGGAUAGCCAAAAGGUAGUAAUAGUGGUUGCUUCCUUGAGGUACACCUGAUGUCUUGAAAUUAUGGUUGGGAAAGACAUAAACUUUCUACUGUAAUAUGUCUUUUUACCUCUAAAAUUUUUUUUAUCAUGAAUGUGUAUUAGCUAUACAAAAUAAAUUGAAUCAAAAAACCAAUUCCCUGCUCAAAGCAAAUCCCUCCCGCUUCUCUCCUCCCCAGUAUUUAUUGCAUCUUUUGUUAUCCUUGCAUGUUUAUAUCCCUAACAAAACCAGGAGUUCUUUGACUGCUACAACUGUGUCUCCAUCGUGUUUGCAUAUCCAGCAUUUGCACAAUGCCUUAAUCAUGAAAAGGGGGUUUUUGUUUUUUUUUUAAAGUGAUGUUUUGAAGGAUGAAGAAGACCCUUUUUUUUUGGGUGGAAGUCAGGCUCCCUUUAAAUAUGACCUAAUAUUGCUGAGCAGGGUUGUGAGGCCCUAAAAACAUCUUCCUACCAUUCCUGGAAUUCUACCUUGAAACAUGUCUCUAUCCUUUAAGAGAAAGAGAGGAGAGAAAAAGGAGAGAGAGAGAAGCUGAAGCUGACUCAAAGAUCUGACUGGACCUGAGCAGUGCCCCAGGGAGAAUCCAUCUGAAAAAAAACAAAAUGUGAUCAUGUGAAUGGACAAGAAGGAGAUGGCUUUAGAUCUUAUAUGCUCUAAACAAAGAGUUAUGCUGAGAGAGAAACUGACUUGUCAUGAAGUCAGCUUUGUUCCGUUGCUAUGUGUCAUCCCUGCUAAUGGUGAGUUUACCUAGGGCAGAGGCUACCAUCUCAACCAUAAAGCUGAAGACACACGCAUCCGUAUUCUAUAGCUAAUUCAGUUGAUUUCAUCUCAGCACACAUACACUGAGCACUGCCUAAGAGCAAGGUUGACCGACAUUUUUAUUAGCAAUAAUCUCUGCCUUCUUCUGAUUACCUAGAGAUUUAAGACCACAUAAUCAUCCUCUACCUCACAGGGUCAAGGGAGUGGGGGAGGAAAUGGGCUAAGAGGUUCUAAAUCCCUCCUAACACUUGCUUCUUCCAAAUCAGCAAGAUUAGAGCAGUCAACAGCUGACUGCGUUCAGACCCUGCAGGCUGGGCUGGCCUGCCCAGGACCUGAGGAGGGGCAGCUCCGGUGGCAAUGUCUGAGCCCCUAGGUGUGCUGGUCCGGGCUGGCCUCUCUAGGACAGUGCAGGCCACGUGAUCCAUCCUCCUAGAGGCAGUGAGCAGGUUAGGGACCCCUACGACAGCCAGGAGGGAAAAAGCAAGGAGUCCACUUCCGCAGCCAUGCUGAAACAGAGCGAGAGGAGACGGUCCUGGAGCUACAAGCCCUGGAACACGACGGAGAAUGAGGGCAGCCAACACCGCAGGAGCAUUUGCUCCCUGGGUGCCCGUUCCGGCUCCCAGGCCAGCAUCCAAGGCUGGACAGAGGGCAACUAUAACUACUACAUCGAGGAAGACGAAGAUGGGGAGGAGGAGGACCAGUGGAAGGACGACCUGGCAGAGGAGGACCAGCAGGCAGAGGAGGUCACCACCGCCAAGCCUGAAGGUCCCAGCGACCCUCCGGCCCUGUUGUCCACGCUGAAUGUGAACGUGGGUGGCCACAGCUACCAGCUGGACUACUGCGAGCUGGCCAGCUUCCCCAAGACGCGCCUAGGUCGCCUGGCCACCUCCACCAGCCGCAGCCGCCAGCUAAGCCUGUGCGACGACUACGAGGAGCAGACAGAUGAAUACUUCUUCGACCGCGACCCGGCCGUCUUCCAGCUGGUCUACAAUUUCUACUUGUCCGGGGUGCUGCUGGUGCUCGAUGAGCUGUGUCCGCGCUGCUUCCUGGAGGAGCUGGGCUACUGGGGCGUGCGGCUCAAGUACACGCCACGCUGCUGCCGCAUCUGCUUCGAGGAGCGGCGCGACGAGCUGAGCGAACAGCUCAAGAUCCAGCACGAGUUGCGCGCCCAGGCGCAGGUCGAGGAGGCGGAGGAACUCUUCCGCGACAUGCGCUUCUAUGGCCCGCAGCGGCGCCGCCUCUGGAACCUCAUGGAGAAGCCAUUCUCCUCGGUGGCCGCCAAGGCCAUCGGGGUGGCCUCCAGCAUCUUCGUGCUCGUCUCCGUGGUGGCGCUGGCGCUCAACACCGUGGAGGAGAUGCAGCAGCACUCGGAGCAGGACGAGGGCGGCCCAGACCUGCGGCCCAUCCUGGAGCACGUGGAGAUGCUGUGCAUCGGCUUCUUCACACUCGAGUACCUGCUGCGCCUAGCCUCCACGCCCGACCUGAGGCGCUUCGCGCGCAGCGCCCUCAACCUGGUGGACCUGGUGGCCAUCCUGCCGCUCUACCUUCAGCUGCUGCUUGAAUGCUUCACGGGCGAGGACCACCAACGCGGCCAGACGGUGGGCAGCGUGGGUAAGGUGGGUCAGGUGUUGCGCGUCAUGCGCCUCAUGCGCAUCUUCCGCAUCCUCAAGCUGGCGCGCCACUCCACCGGACUGCGUGCCUUCGGCUUCACGCUGCGCCAGUGCUACCAGCAGGUGGGCUGCCUGCUGCUCUUCAUCGCCAUGGGCAUCUUCACUUUCUCUGCGGCUGUCUACUCUGUGGAGCACGAUGUGCCCAGCACCAACUUCACUACCAUCCCCCACUCCUGGUGGUGGGCCGCGGUGAGCAUCUCCACCGUGGGCUACGGAGACAUGUACCCAGAGACCCACCUGGGCAGGUUUUUUGCCUUCCUCUGCAUUGCUUUUGGGAUCAUUCUCAACGGGAUGCCCAUUUCCAUCCUCUACAACAAGUUUUCUGAUUACUACAGCAAGCUGAAGGCUUAUGAGUAUACCGCCAUACGUAGGGAGAGGGGAGAGGUGAACUUCAUGCAGAGAGCCAGAAAGAAGAUAGCUGAGUGUUUGGUUGGAAGCAACCCACAGCCCACCCCAAGACAAGAGAAUUAGUAUUUUAUAGGACAUGUGGCUGGUAGAUUCCAUGAACUUCAAGGCUUCAUUGCUCUUUUUUUAAUCAUUAUGAUUGGCAGCAAAAGGAAAUGUGAAGCAGACAUACACAAAGGCCAUUUUGUUCACAAAGUUCUGCCUCUAGAAAUACUCAUUUUGGCCCAAACUCAGAAUGUCUCAUAGUUGCUCUUUCACUGUGUUGUGCGAAACAUCUGACAUUCUCAAUGACGUUGAUAUCGAAAACCUGAGGGGAGCAACAGCUUAGAUUUUUCUUGUAGCUUCUCGUGGCAUCUAGCUCAAUAAAUAUUUUUGGACUUGAGUUGACUUGAGAAAAUUUUUUUUACUUUAAAAUUUUUUUAAAUUCUUAACUUUCCAGAGGGAGGGAGGGUUACAGCAGAAAUUAUACAAGCUUUGGAGUUAGACCAACCUUAGUCAGAAUCCCAGAGCUACCAGCUGUAUGCUUUUAGGCAAGCGACUCUAACCCUUUAAGCCUCAGUUUCUUCAACUGUAAAAUGUAGGCAAUACUUACCCUGCCAGGCUGAGCAACAUAGUGAGACCCUGCCUCUACAAAAACUUAUUAAGAAUUAUCUGGGUGUGCUGGCCCACACCUGUAGUCCCAGCUACUUGGAAGACUGAGGUGAGAUCACUUGAGCCCAGGAGUUUGAGGUUAGAGUAAGCUAUAACCACAUCACUGCAC